UUCGGGUCUGAAAACGGCUGAUUCAGUUGUAAGGUGCUGAAAAUGAAGGUGCUUUUGGUAACUCUGCUGGCAGUCGCUUUGGCGGCUGCCCUUCCGGUUGAGGAAGUUGGCAUGGAGCACAUGCCAAAUGAGGAAAUUGGUUCGGAACACAUUCCUAAUGAGGAGGAAGGUUUGGAGCACAUCCCAGUUGAUGAAGAGCUUGGUGAGGAGCACAUGCCCCGUGAAGCAUCGGAGCAAUGGUCUCUGGUUCCGGACAGCAAUGGACAUCUGCACUUGGUCAAUACCGAUCCCUAUGGUUUGAAUGGACAAGACGAGCCGGCUCCGAUGUUCGAUGCCGCUACUCAGACCAUCUUCCGUCUGUUCACCCGUCAGAACCGCGCUACCGGCCACGUCAUCCAGCUGGGUAAUGCAGCUUCCCUGGGCCAGUUCUGGAGUCCUGCUCGUCAGACCCGUUUCAUCAUCCACGGCUGGAACAACAACGGAAACUCCGAUGUCAAUGUCGUGAUUCGUAAUGCCUAUCUGGAUCGUGCCGAUAUCAACGUUAUCACCGUCGAUUGGGGAGUUGGUGCUCAGAACCCCAACUACGUCACGUCUCGGAACCACAUCGACGCUGUUGGUCUGACCGUUGCUCGAUUCAUUGACUUCUUGAACGUUCAAGGACUGGCCUUCACCAACGUUUACGUCGUUGGACACAGUCUUGGUGGUCACACCGCUGGAAUUGCUGGAAAGCGUGUUACCCGUGGUCUUAUCCAAGCUGUCAUUGCUCUGGACCCUGCUCUGCCUCUGUUCUCGAUGGAUCGCCCGGCGGAGCGCGUUGCUCCCGGAGAUGCCCGUUACGUUGAAAUCAUCCACACCAAUGCCGGACUUCUCGGUUUCGAUCAGCCCAUCGGACAGGCCUCGUUCUAUCCCAACUGGGGUCGUUCACAGCCGGGUUGCGGUGUUGAUCUGUCCGGUGCUUGCGCUCAUGGACGUGCCUGGGAAUUCUUUGCCGAAUCCGUUCGUACCGCCCCAAGCCGUUUCGUCUCGGUCCAGUGUGCCAACUACGGCCAGAUUGUGAACCAGAACUGCGUCUCGAGUGGACCGAACCGGAACAUGGGAGGAGAACCGGCCAACAUUGGCACCGCCAGCGGAGUUUACUUCCUGCAGACCAACGCCGCCAGUCCGUUCGCUCGGGGUUAAAAUGGAAUUGAUACAUAGAAAAUAAAAAUUUUCGUAUUUUGAAAACUA